GCCUCCGCAAACCGCAACAUCAACACCUACAAGUCCAAAUGUUUAACAGACCUAACAGCCUUCUCUUCACAUAAAACCAAUCAAAGUACUCUCCAGCAUUUCCUGAAGACGAAGAAGAAGCCCUAAUUCUAUCGAUCAUGGCCUCCAAUGGUUCUUCCACAAUAGUUGCGGGUAUGCAAAACAGCUUGGAGAAGAUCAAACGGCAGCUGGCGUCAAGUUCUGGAAAGAACUUGUUGCAGGGCCCACUUCUUAAGAGAUCUGAAACACUGAGGAAAUGGAAUGAACGAUGGGUGAUAUUAGACCCGACGACAGGGAAAAUGGAUUACAAGACUAGGAGAAAUGAGCCAACUAUCAAGGGAUCUAUUAUAUUUGACGAAAAUAGCACAAUUACAUUAUCUCCUGUCAAUUUUCAUGGACUUCCCAAGUAUGAUGGAUGCUGUUUCUAUAUUGGUACUCCUCUGAAAAAGGACUACUUUCUCUGUGCGGAGACUCCUGGUGCGGCUAGAGCGUGGGUAGCAACUUUAAAUGCGACACAAUUGGUUCUAAAGGCCCAUAAAGAGGCUGUGAAUUCCCUAAGUGGAAAUGGUUCCUCAAGAACAGGAACCGUUGCAACUGUAGUUGCUGCUGCCAAUUCGACAGCCCUCGAGUGUUCUAAAGAAAUUGAAGCAGCAAUGCAAAUUUCUUUGAGAAAUGCUUUGGGAAUGAUGCCGAAUAGAAUAAAUGAUGGUCCGAUGGAUGACAUGACAAUUAUGAAGGAAACACUAAGAGUAAAAGAUGAGGAACUGCAGAAUUUGGCUCGGGAUCUCCGUGCUCGGGAUUCAACAAUAAGAGCGAUUGCAGAAAAACUAUCAGAGACAGCUGAAGCUGCUGAGGCCGCCGCAUCUGCAGCUCAUACAAUGGAUGAACAAAGGAGGGUCGCUUGUGCUGAGAUUGAGCGCUUGACAAAAGAAUCUGAGAAACUGAUGGAUUCAUCCAAGCUGAAGCUAAAGGAGUCUGAAGAGAAGGUGAUGGCUCUAAGUAAAGACAAAGAACAACUUAUUAAGCAGAGAGAUUCCGCUUUCCAAGAGGCACAUUUAUGGCGUUCUGAGCUUGCAAAAGCUAGAGAGCGUGUUGUCAUAUUAGAAGCUGCUGUUGUGAGAGCAGAGGAGAAGGUCAGGGUAGUGGAGGCAGAUGCUGAAGCUAGAACCAAAGAGGCUGCGCAGAAAGAGGCUGCCACAGUGAAGGACAAGCAAGAGCUUCUGGCCUAUGUAAAUAUGCUGCAAGCACAGCUUCAAAGACAGCAGAUUGACACAAAACAAGUUUUUGAGGAGAAGAGUGAGUCAUCAAAUGUUGGUGGCAAUCUUCCCCAGACAAAGGAUGUAGACUUGUCAGAAGAGAAUGUUGAUAAAGCUUGUCUUAGCGUAUCUAAAGAAGUCUCAGUCUCUGGAGAGAGUGUAGUCCAUAUGGCAACAGAUCAGGUCAACCGCCGAAUGAUAAGCGAAGGUGAAUGGAGUGAUAUUGAGGCCACGGAUGCUACGAUAGCUGAUGUAAGAGAAAUUGCGCCAGAGACAGAGGGAAGCAGCCUGGAUAUUCCUGUUGUUAGCUCACCAGUAAAUAGUCACCAGGACCAAGGAGGCAAUGCCUUUCAUCAGCCAUAAUAUGAAACUUGAUACUUCAGAGUUCAAAGGAAAUCAACUCUAGGGAGUGGCACACUAUUAAAAGUGUUCUUUUAUUUGGCCAAAUUAGAGGAGAUUUAUAAACUUACUUUACUUUUUUCCCCCGCAUCAAGUAACUGACAGGCUGAUUUGGAAUCAGUGUUGCUGGUAUGUCCUUCCAUGUUGAAUGGAAAUUUGAUUACCUUCUCGAGUGUAUUUUGAUAGGCUCAGAAUAAACUGUUUAUGAUACUUAUUCAGAGUGUAAUUACAUGUUAUCUGGCAUUGAUAAAUUGUAAAAGCAAUUCACACGUUUUGAUUGUAUACGGUUU